AUGGCCCCCUACAUGGACGAGAACUCUGCUUCUAACGGCACAUCAACCACAACGGACAAGCCUACUCCAUCCGGCAUCCGUGUAGUUAUCGUUGGCUGUGGCUACGCAGGCCUUACCGCGGCAAUCGAAUGCACUCGCAAAGGCCAUUCAUGCAUUAUCCUGGAAAGCUUCAAGAGUACCAACGUCCAGCUUGGCGAUGUCAUCUCGUUCGGAUCAAACAGUUCCAGGAUAUUCCAAAGAUGGCCUGGGGUUUCAGAGCAGCUUGACCCAAUCACUCAUAAAAGCCAAUGUCUGAAAUACAAGACCUGGACCGGGGAGGACAUCUACACGCAGUACUGGGGCUCCGAAGAGGAGAACUUUGGCAAACGCUAUAACGGGCAUCGCGGGGAGAUCCAUAAGAUUGUUUACGAUCAUGCCAUCGAGCAGGGCGUGGAGAUCCGUCUGGGUCAGCAAGUCACGGAGUAUUUUGAAAACGACAACGAAGCUGGUGUAAUCUCAAACGGCGAGAGAAUCACUGGUGAUGUUGUGUUAGGCGCGGAUGGCGUACGUUCGAAAGCUCGACAGCUCGUUCUUGGUUAUGAUGAUGCGCCGAAGCCUAGUGGUUAUGCCAUUUACAGAGCGUGGAUGAGUAGCGAUGACCUGGCUAAGAAUGAUCUCACCAAGGAUCUUGUGAUAAAUGGCGACUCGCACACAGGCUGGCUCGGUCCAGACAUCCACUUCCUUGCCGCCUCCAUCAAAGACGGCAAAGAGUUCUCCUGGGUCUUCACGCACAAAGACGAACGGGACGUCGACGAAGGCUGGAGCGAGCCCGGCAACCACGACGACGCAUGCCGAAUCCUCGAAGGCUGGGAUCCUGCAGUGCAUGCCUUGGUCCGCAUGACACCUCCGGAGAAGCUCGUCGACUGGAAGCUGGUGUACAGGGACCCGCUGCCCACCUGGAUCUCCGAGAAGGGUCGUACUGCUCUGAUCGGUGAUGCUGCGCACCCUUUCCUGCCAACCAGCAUACAAGGCGCAAGCCAAGCCAUGGAAGACGGAGCCUGUAUCGCUGUCUGCCUUCAGCUCGCUGGGAAAGACCAUGUCGACGAUGCGUUGAGAGCUUUCGAGAAGAUUCGGUAUGACCGGGUGAGGAAAAUUCAGAAGACUGGCGAAACGACGCGUGAUCAGUGGCACAAGGCCGACUUCGACAACCUCAAGAAGAACCCCGAAGCUAUCAAGUUGAAACGGGAAGAGUGGGUGUUGAACCAUGAUGCUGAGACACAUGCAUAUUCAGUGUGUCCGGAUGUUCUUGCUUCACUGCGGCAUUAG